GCGUCAUCCCCCGGAAGUGACGCAGUCUGUUAUCGUCAACAAGCAAGAUGUCGUCCCAUCACAGGCAGAACGCAGCAGGAAGGAGGAAAAUCCAGGUUUCCUAUGUGAUUAGAGAUGAGGUUGAGAAGUACAGUCGUAAUGGUGUUAAUGCUCUUCAGUUGGAUCCCACUCUAAAUAGACUGUUUACUGCCGGCCGAGAUUCCAUAAUCAGGAUAUGGAGUGUCAAUCAACACAAACAGGACCCUUAUAUCGCUUCAAUGGAGCAUCACACAGACUGGGUGAAUGACAUCAUCCUCUGCUGCAAUGGAAAAACAUUGAUAUCAGCCUCCUCGGACACCACAGUGAAAGUUUGGAAUGCACACAAGGGAUUCUGCAUGUCUACGUUACGGACACAUAAGGACUAUGUCAAAUCCUUAGCAUAUGCAAAGGACAAGGAGUUGGUGGCUUCAGCCGGACUGGACAGGCAGAUCUUCCUGUGGGAUGUGAACACACUGACAGCUCUGACCGCCUCGAAUAACACAGUCACUACUUCCUCAUUGAGUGGAAAUAAGGACUCCAUCUACAGUCUGGCCAUGAAUCAGACAGGAACAGUUAUCAUCUCAGGAUCUACAGAGAAGGUCUUGAGAGUUUGGGAUCCACGAACGUGUGCCAAAUUAAUGAAGUUAAAAGGCCACAAGGACAAUGUCAAAUCAUUGUUACUAAACAGAGACGGCACUCAAUGUCUCUCUGGUAGUUCAGAUGGUACGAUACGAUUGUGGUCUCUCGGCCAACAACGAUGUAUCGCCACGUACCGAGUCCAUGAUGAGGGAGUGUGGUCCCUGCAGGCGAAUGAGGUGUUCACACACAUGUACUCGGGCGGACGGGACCGAAAGAUUUACUGCACAGACCUGCGUAACCCUGACAUUCGUGUGCUAAUAUGUGAAGAGAACGCUCCCGUUCUGAAGAUGGAGUUGGACCGAUCAGCAGAUCCUCCUCAAGCCAUUUGGGUGGCCACAACUAAAUCAUUUGUGAACAAAUGGUCUCUAAAGGGAAUGCAUAACUUUAGAGCAUCUGGGGACUUUGACAACGACUGCAGUGCCCCUUUAACUCCAUUGUGCACACAGCCAGAGCAGGUCAUCAAAGGUGACACCAGCAUCGUUCAGUGUCAUAUUCUCAAUGACAAGAGACACAUCCUCACCAAAGACACCAAUGACAGUGUGGCAUUCUGGGAUGUGCUAAAAGCUUGUAAGGGGGAAGACCUGGGGAAAGUAGACUUUGAAGAGGAAAUUAAAAAGCGGUUCAAGAUGGUCUAUGUGCCCAACUGGUUUUCUGUAGAUCUCAAAACAGGAAUGCUGACUAUUACGCUGGAUGAAAGUGAUUGCUUUGCAGCUUGGGUGGCUGCUAAAGAUGCAGGUUUUACAAGUCCAGAUGGUUCUGACCCUAAACUAAAUCUGGGUGGGCUGCUCCUGCAGGCACUGUUGGAGUUCUGGCCCAGAACUCACAUAAACUCAGUGGAAGAAGAGGAAAACGAGCCUAACCAUGUAAACGGCGAACAGGAGAGUCGAGUACAGAAGGGCAACGGCUAUUUCCAGGUUCCUCCACACACUCCUGUCAUCUUUGGUGAAGCAGGCGGAAGAACGCUGUUUAGGUUAUUAUGUCGCGAUUCUGGGGGAGAGACUGAGUCCUUGUUACUGAAUGAAACUGUACCUCAGUGGGUUAUUGAUAUCACUGUAGAUAAAAACAUGCCAAAAUUCAACAAGAUUCCUUUUUACCUCCAGCCACAUUCAUCAUCUGGAGCCAAAACUCUUAAAAAGGAUCGUCUGUCUGCCAGUGACAUGCUGCAGGUGCGUAAAGUGAUGGAACACAUUUAUGAGAAGAUCAUCAACCUCGACACUGAGUCACAAACCCCCAGCUCUUCAGCCAAUGAAAAGCCAGGAGAGCAGGAGAAAGAGGAAGACGUGGCAGUGAUGGCCGAAGAGAAGAUUGAGCUUAUGUGUCUGGAUCAGGUUUUGGAUUCUAACAUGGAUCUCAGGACUGUUAAGCAUUUUAUCUGGAAGAGUGGAGGAGAUCUGACCCUUCAUUAUAAACAGAAAUCCACGUGAGAGCAAAUGACCACUCUGACUGCUGUAGAGACUCCGGUCAAAUUUAACACGCUUUUCUCCCACUCCAAAAGAAGCGUCCUAGAGUCUGCUUGUCACCUGUGAGGAAUGUUUUUGUCUCUUCUCAUUGUGCAGACACAAAACAGAGAACCAGGAAGAGAGAUCUGUUGAAGGUUAAAGGCUAAGAUGGGCCACAGAUUGACACGGUAACUGCGACGAGCAGUAAACUAGACAUUGUAAUUUGUACAGGCCUUUUUCUGCCUUUCCUUGACAUUUUCCUUUAUUUUUGCCAUUUUUGUUUUUACUGUUGGUUAUGUUGUGUCCUGUUUAACAAGCAUCAUGAUGAUGUUAUAAUGAUGUGUGCGUGUGCAUAUGUGGACUCGCUAUGUGAGAAAUCACUUCACUGCACACCAGUACUUCCAUUCUCAAACAUUCCAAAGACUUUAAAGUCUAAACAAAUUCCGAAAAUGAUGUAAUCAUUUACCCCCUCAAGCCCGCCCCCAUCCCUGAUUGUGACCAUUUUGAAGGGUUUGAAUUUAUUGUUGCAAAUACACCAAUUAAAUUCACCAGGGUUUGAAUUUAUUGGCGCAACUAAAGAAUGAUUAUAAAGUAAAACCUUUCUUUUCUUGAUUUAAUAUAAGUUCUUAACAUAUUCUUGGGGCUGUUUUUGAAUAAACUUUUUUCUUGUUGGAAUCACAAAGCCAAUUCCUGUUUUCUUUGUGCACAUAAAUCCAUCUUUUAAAAGUGUGGAAGUUAAAUAUCACUAGCGCAUUUGUCGUUGGAGACACUUUCUAAACGGAUAUUUCUAAGCAGAAUUUAUUUCAUUUCUGUGUAUCAGUGCAUAUCGUCAUACAAUGGGAAAUCCUGGGAAAUCUGACCCAGACCUUGACAAAUAAAGGCAAUAAGACUGAAUUUCCAUUGGAAUAAAAGUUCAAACAUUGGAUGUUGUUUCACUCUUGCUGUUUGUAAGUUUCAUUUAUCACAUUUCAUAGAGGUGUGGUUCUGAAAUGCAGGAUUUCCUCUUUUUUUUUUUUUUUUUUUUUUUGCCACAGUUCAUAUUUCAUAUUAAAAUCAAAAGGAAAACAUCAAUUUCACAAAAGGAUUAAGUCUUAUUUUAGGAACAUAAAGUUUUUUUUUUUUUUUUUAACAGUUGAGUGUGUGAACAUGCACAAUCUUACACCGAUUAUGCUUAAUAAGACGAAAACCUGUGGUCAUACAAACAGGUUUCCUUUAUGGUCAUAAACGGUCAACACGAAGAUUUUAGCCCAUUAUUAGCCCGAUAAUGUAUUGCAUGUAAACACCUUUACCGGAAUGUGCGCAGUUGUGAGCACGUUUUGAUGUCACAAGCAAAGAAUAAUCUGAUGAUUUCAAAUCUCACGUAAAUGCAUUUUCUUGUGUUGUCUAAGCACACACAUUUGUGACAUUGGGCACUAUUUUUGUGAGUGCGCACGCUCCGACCAUGCACAGCGUCUUAUCCAAUUUUCGUGCUAGCGCAAAGCGCAAGUGGUCGUGGGUGGGAGUGUUUGCGCUGCUGUGGGUGUAUUUAAUGUAAAUGAAGUGGCGCAAGGGAGUUUAAGCAUUCCGCUGCGCUUAACGCUUGUGCUCUUAAAAUAGGGCACAUUAUUUUCAUGACACUUAAACACAGUUUCCCCCCAAAUUCUAAUUUCUGUAACAUGGGGAAACUGAUAUUUUAUCAGCAUUUAAACAUCAUGUUGCACUGAAUUUGCACUUAAAAAAACAAAUUAUAAUAAUUUUGUCUGGAUAGGAAAAUUUUCAUUGUAUUAUAGAGAAUGAGAAUUAUUAAGAAUAAAGAUACAUUACUAAAUACAAAAAAUGGGCUUCAUUUUUUAUUAGUGCAAAAAACUUUUUGGGGUCAAAUAUGACCUGGAAAAAAAAUUUGAUUAAAAAAUAAAAAAAAAUAAAAACCCAGGCACAGUUUAUAUUAUGUUGUGAAAACAAUACAUAAAGCACAAAUAUUAAACCAUGAUUAUAUGAUGUAAACAACAAAUACUGGUUAAAAAAAGUAAAUGUGUGAACCUUCCUCUUUAUGUAGACCAUGAUACAUGCACUUCCUUUUCUGAAUUAUUCCCACAAUCUCUGGAUUUAGUAUGAGUUCUCGCAAGUGAUAUCUUCAAACAGAGCACAGAAGGGAAAGGAUCGUUUAAACGUGUAAUAUAAGAGUUUACAAAAAGAUCAAGAGGCAAAGUACUAUAUGACAACACUAGAGCAUUUUCUGAUAUAGCUAUUCAGUUACAUGUACUAGUUAUACUCAAAAUAAUUAUUUCAAUUUCCAAAUCAGACUUCACACUUUCUGAUUUUACAUUGACAAAAUGAAUUGCAAUUGUAAUCUACACACUUACCUAUCUUGUUCUCAUUAAAAGCCUCAAAUAAUCUAAAAUAGUUCUGCUCUCAAUUAAAAUUCUGUAUUCAUCUACUCGCACUCGAUGUUGCUCCAAACCUGUGUGAUUUUCUUUUUCCGUGGAAUGUAAAAGGAGUUAUCUAGCUGAAUGUCCCAGCUGCUCUCUUGCAUACAAUGAAAGUGGAUGGUGACCAGUGGCUGUCAAGGUCCAAAAAUGACAAAUAAGUAUCCUGUCAUCAAAAGGCAAAACACAGCGACUACAUCUUUUGUCAAAACUUAAUUAUCAGUAAUUACUGAAGUCAGGUUUCGUAGACCAUCUGUCCUGUGACAGAUGGGGUUGGCUCAAUUAUGCUCAGAUUCAGAAUUUACUGCGUUUUUCUUUUAUAUGGCAGUACCGUAAAGAAUGUGUCACUAUUUGUCAAAGUCAUAUUAUAUGGUUAUUUUUAUUCUUUUUUAAACUUAGCCACUGGUCA